AAGUAACAGUGAAAUGCAGACUUCCUAACUGGUGUUCACCUAAUGCUGGAGUGCUGCUCCCUGUUCCUGUGCAUGUCUGGCUUUCCAUAAAGAACCACUUCGCUGCUUAGGAGAGUGAAAUGGGCUCCUUUAAUUGAAUAAAGACACAGGUUUGAUUCCCUCUGAGAGCUCUGGGAUCCUUAUACACUCUCAUCUCCCAAAACACACAACAAACGGGCCCAAGUAGACCAAGUAGACACUGUAACCAAGCACUAACAACAAAACCCUCGCAACUGGACUGCACAAUAUGAUACGGAGGAAACCUCGGCUAAUUGAGUCAGAACCUGUGUGUCUUGUCUCACAUUCCACAACAAACUAACCUGCCUGUAGGGACAUCGGUCCUGCAUUGCUUCUGUUCACUCGCCCCCACGUCCUGCAGAUAUGUCCAGCUCAGGUUCCUGGAUUCCUCCCCAGGCCCCCAUCGAAGGCAGACAGAGCCGCCCGAUGGAGCUUCCUGCAUGCGCCUCUCCCUCCCAAGGCAGGGCUCCCUCAAACAUAGUUCGGACCUCCCUCUUCCUCUAGAACCACCCUGGCUCCCCAGUGCUUCCCCCCGAAGCCCAGGCUCCCCAGCCUGAUCCUGAAGCUCCUCCAUGAACAGGGCCCUACCGGCCCACCCAGAUGGAGGUCCCGCCAGGAGCCACCCGCAGGCAGGUGGGAGGCAGUUCAGUGCGGGAGCCUGGACACAUGUUCCAUCAGUUUCCUCACUGGUAACAAUGGAACUGAUGAGGUCCAUUGUUCUUACAGAACUCUCAGAGGAAUUAAAUGGAUGAGGAAUACAAAGCACCAGGGUACGGAAGACACUGAACCAAUGCUGAGCAAAGUCAGUGGGUGUGGGGUCAGGCCCACCUGGAAGGAAAUCAGAACCACUCCUGAUCAGCGCCUGUGAAUCUGACACUGUGUCUAUUGAGUAGGGGCCUGGGGAGAAAGGAGCCCACACCCACUCAGCUCUGACAUCCCGGGCUGCCAAGAUCCCCUGCAUGGCGCCAGAGUAGGGGACACAGGCAGGAAGCUCCAAAGGGAGUGCCCCCCACCAUGUCCUCUCCCACCAGCACACUGGAAAAGGGCCAUAUGGCCCGGAGGUUCCCAUUCCCACAACUGCUACUGCUGCUGCUGCUGCUCCCAGGCUCAUGGGCACUAUCAAAGGCCCAGGAACUUCACCGUGUGGCAGGGCAGACGCUCUCUGUGAGGUGCCAGUAUCCGCCCAGGGGUGGCCCCUACCAGAGCAAAGGCUGGUGUAAGGAGGUGUCGAAGUUCACGUGCCUCAGGCUGGUCACCAGCUCCAGACCCCGCACGCUGACUCAGAUCUCUCAAUCCUCAAUCUGGGACGACCCUGCUGCUGGCUUCUUCAUUGUCACCAUGACUGGUCUGAAGGAGCAAGACUCGGGACACUACUGGUGCAGAAUCUACCACACUUCCGGAAACUCUGUCGAUAGGUCCUUAAGGUUCUAUCUGGCGGUGUCUCCAGCCCCCAAGACUUCUCCAGAGAUGCCCUCCCCACAGCCUCCCCCACGGGAUCCGAGCACGGCCUCUGCCUCCAUGCAGGCCACCUGGGCUCCCCAUGACCUGGUCUCAUCACAGACCCAGAGCUGUGUGUCCCCGACUGGAAGAGCUGGAGAGACCCCCGGGGCUUCCUCUGCUAUCACCGCCCCUUCACGUCCUGCAGCCCCCAGUGCCCUGGUGCCCCUGCUGUGUGGACUCCUCGUGGCCAAGAGCCUGGUGCUGUCAGCCCUGUUUGUCUGGACCUCACAUCUCAGGACCUUAAGGAAUCGACAUGUGCGGCACAGAGGGAGGUCUCUGACGUGCCCAGCUCGGCGCAGACCAGGCCCCUGGGCACUUCCUGCUGAGCCUCGGGACCCAAGAAGGACGGCCAGUCUCCCUGCAGUCCUCAGGAGCUCCUCCCUGACCUCUGAACUCUGCCUUUCCCGCGAAGAAAAGGCCAAAGCCUCCCAGAACUUAAGCCAGCGCCCUUGGCUACCUUCCUCACUCCAGUGCUGAGGAUUUCCCAGCUCCGCCCCCGCCCAGGUCCAGGCCCACUGCUGGCUCACACUGUGUUUGCCUCUGGGCCAGCACCGUCCAGACAUGGGAGCCAAAGCCCAGGACAGCACCUUUCCACCAAAUCAGAGUCACCACUGCUGACAGCUCCCACUCCUCCUCUUCCCUUCCUCCUCUACCCCCACCUCCUGCUCUCCCUCCUUCUCAUCCUCCUCCUAUAGCCCCACAGCUCAGCCACGCCCCAGAUCACUGCCGACAUCUCUCUCUCCCUCUCCCCUUGCUCAGCCACACACUGCCAAAGCCUCUCUAUCCGCUUCUCUCUGUUGCUUCCGUCUCUUCCUCCUCGUUUCCAAAACCCGUCACCUCGCACCUCUGUGUGGACCACUAUGUCAGUCACCUAACUGGUGUCCCGCCUUUGCUCUCCACGUCCCAGAUUGUUCCCCCUUAUACAUCCCUCUCAACAACGCCUCUGUGCACUUUGACUGUGUGGGAAUUGAAGUCCAGGGUCAUUUCAGGGCCCCAGGCUCUGCCAAGGUCAGCCACCCCUUGUCACCAUGUCACUGUGCAUCCCCCAUGCUGUCCUUCUUGUGCCACCAAGAUGGCCACAGGCUCGGGAGAGAAGUGAACCCUCCUUUUUCUGCACAAGUUGAGCAGGACGCUCCUCACGACCACGAGCGAGGUGGCCCUGGUCUGACGCCCGGCGCUGACCCUCCCUACUGCUGUCCUCUCUCUGACACUUGUUAUCUCAGUGUUGGACUUUCCAGACUGAGCCUCUAACUUUAUUAUCUUUUCUCUCUUGUUCUUCAUCCAUUUUUCUUUAUUCCUGCUUUCUGGGAAAGUUCCUCAAGGUUGCAGUCCAAGUCUUCCAUUCAAAGGUUUACUAUUUAUGCAAGCACAUGUUCAAGUUUCUAAAUGGUCCGUUUGUUCUCUGAACGUUCCUUUUUCACCUGCAUGUUUUAUUUGGGGAUGCCAUAUUUUUUCUGGCAAUAUUAAAGUUUUAACUUUUGACGUUU